CUUGCCCGGGGCUCGUUGCCAUGGCAGGGUCCGAAGGUCGCCACGGACAAGGAAAAGGACGCAAGGAUCAAGGAGAUGAAGAAGAGCCUGUCGGCCGAGGCGCUCUGCGAUGGCUUUCUUCCGGGAGAAUUCGCCACGUACAUCAAAUACACCCGGGGCCUAGCAUUCGAUGACGAGCCGGACUACUCGUACCUUCGCCAGCUUUUUUGUUGCCUGUUUCAAGCGAAGGGGCUCAAAUAUGACCACGUCUUCGACUGGACUGAGAGGCUGUUUAGGAGAUGCAGAGCAAAGUCAAUCCCUCGGUACCAUCGACCCAGAGGCCGCGGAGACGAGCUCCAAAGGUAA